CACAUGUCCCCUGUACGGCACUAAUAAUAGUGUUACAACGAGCAACAUAAAUAUAUCUACCGACAGUCCUCUCUUUAUACAUAGAAGAAGGAAAAAAAAAAAACUUAAUGGAGAAGAAGAAAAUGAAUGCAGUGGCUAUGGUGUUCAUCAUCCUUUUAUCGGCGAACAUGAACACGAUCGGUGUUGCUGCUCAAGGUGUCAAUUGCUAUGAUAACUGCAACACCGGCUGCGCCGGUCUCCCAUCAAAGGAGUACCUAAUUUGUGAUAACAAGUGCCACGAAAGGUGCGGAGAUGAAAGCAAAAUUGAUGGAAACCUAGUUGAAAGUGUUAAAAUGUAUUAGCUAGCAAGCUAUCGAGGCAUUAAUGUAGGGAGUUCUAUAAAUAAUAAUUUCUUCGUAGUUGGAGAAAAUAAACGUUACUUGUACGUGUAUGUUUAAUUAUUACUAUGGACUCUUUUUUUUCUACUGUAAUAGAAAUGCAUUGUAUGAUAAUGAAACUAUGUACUAUAUAUGAAAGUAUAAUUGUCAGUUCAA